CCUGGCUGCGUGGAGCAGUGGGGACAUUCUUCCAAGGUAAUGAUUAAGCUGAGCACCUGGCAAGCUGGGAAAGUGAGCCCUAUUCACACCUCGGCCAGGCUGAGGUGACCUGGACUGGUUUGGGAAGGCAGGGUUCCAGGGUGCAAGAGCCCGGAGCUGGUAGCUACAGCCUCCCGCUGCACACAGGCCACCUGGAGCAUCUCGGGCCAGAGCUUCUGCUGUCUGCCUUUCUGGGACCCUGCACCAUGAAACUGCAGGUGUUCUGGACGGGGCUGGAAUACACCUGUCGGCUCCUGGGCAUCACCACUGCUGCAGUGUUGAUCGGCGUGGGCACUGAGACCUUCCUCCAGGGACAGUUUAAAAGCCUGGCUUUCUACCUGCUGUUUACAGGAGCCGCCGUCUCCGUGAGCGAAGGGGCCUACUUCGUGGCUCAGCUGCUGGCCAUCUGCUUCCAGUGUCAGCCAGGGUCCCUGGCCUACAGAGCAAGGGAGAAGGCCCACUGGCUAGGCUGCUUCCAGAGGUUCCUGGCCUACAUGCUGCUCUCUGUGGCCUGCUUCCUCCACCCUGUCCUGGUCUGGCACGUGACCAUCCCAGGCUCUAUGCUCAUCAUCACUGGCCUGGCCUACUUCCUGCUGAGCAAGCGGAAAAAGAGCAAAGCUGCCGCAGAGGUGCUGCCCCCCCCAGAGCAGUACACGGACCCCUCUGGCAGCGCCGUGAGUACCACCGGCUCUGGGGACACCGAGCAAACGUACACCUUCCAUGGGGCCCUCAAGGAGGGGCCUGGCUCCCUCUUCAUCCACAUGAAGAGCGUCCUGAAAGGGACCAGGAAGCCCAACGCCCUCCAGCACCCAGACGCCCUGACGGAGCUGACUCUGGAGCCAGCUGACCCACUGGCCAAGAAGAAGCAGGUGCACUUUGAUGACAGUAUGGUCAGAAUGAUCCCAGACCUGGCAGAAGACCUGGACGAUGGGGACGGCGAGCCAGAGGAGACCACCUCUGACACCACCCCCAUCAUCCCUCCCCCCGAGGCCCCACUCUUCCUAUCUUCCCUCACGGGCACCAGCCUCUUCUGAGCUGCUUGUUCCAGGCUGGGGGAUGCUCAGCAAGGGGUCUGUAUAGAUAGACAGCCCUGCCUGGAAUUUCCUGAUGUCCAGGGGCCCUCCAGGGAGCUCGGGGUCUUCACAGGUCUGUUCUUCAACGGGUGACCAGACAUCCCCAUGGUAUCUGGGCCUCUGGGACCAUCGAGUGACAUGACAGGUCCCGCGGAGACCUUGAGGGUGGCUCAAACGAAGCUCGCACUGCCUCGAACCCUCACUAGUUUCUCUCUCCCAGACAUGGAGCGGAGAAAUCCUUGUGCUUUCCCCGAAGGAGACCAUCAUUCCCACUUCACACAAGACUGCGUCAGUCCAGAAGCCCUGGGGCUUCUCUUGCUCCUGACACAGGACCCCGCACUCAGCAAGGACUCACGGCCCAUCUCAUCUCUGAUGUAACAUUUCAGCUCUGAAAGGCCAGGGAUGCGUUGGCAGCUUACACAUCUCAGAGGCAGGUGUAGACUACAGCUAUGGGUCCUGAACUCCAACCGAGAUGGUUCAGGACAGGGAGCAGGGAGAAAAGGCAAGGCUGCGAGCCCUCAGGAUGGGAGCAGCGCCGAGCAGUGGGCCGAAUUCUCUGUGCGCUCUGGGGCUGGCGCUGGGCAGCAGGAGUCACAGAGCGACUUGAGACAAUGCGGCUCUGUGCUCACUGCAGGGAGAGCCAGGCCAGAUGAGAAAUAUUCAUUCCAGAAGCAUCGCUGAGGGCUCCCUACAUCCUCACUACAUGGGCUCUCAAGAUUCCAAGUAGAUGAUGUAGACUGAAAGAGACUGAAAUCUGACAGUCCUCAGCCAUGAAUGCCAACACACAAGACAAGGCGCCUGCUGUAUGCAGGGACCACAGAGGCGGUGCCCUGGAGACUCACACAGUACGGAGACAUUGCUCUGCCCUGCUUGGUGACUGUUGGGAGAAUAGGUGAGAAAUGUAUAUUUGUUGAAAAUGGGAGAGAAGGAAGGAAGAGCGGGAAAAGAAGGAAGACAGGAAAGUGGGCAGGCAGCAGGCUAGGUCUCUGCCACAGGGCCACGGAAGUGACAGUUAACCCAGAAUGAACAAAGAAAGAUGAAUCAGAUACUCAGUUAAGGAUUUGCAAUAUGUAUUUCUACAAAGUGUUCUGUGGUCCAUAGGAUUGUUACAAGGCAGAGCAGACACAUUAUUCUUCAUAGGCAAUCUUAAUUAAUGAGAAAUUAUAAUGCUUCUUCAUUCGUGCGUGUGAGCAAACACCAGGGUUCUGUAGAGCAAAACUUAGAGCACAUGCUUUAAGGUCUAGAUUAGAAACGUGUGCUCAUUCUUGUACACGUUUCAACAUUCCUUACAAGUUAUUUUGCAAAUGUAUGGAAAUAGCCAACCAGAAGCUAGUAUCAGUUUGGUGCCUAAAUGCAGCAGGUAUCCCAAACAAGCAGACCUCUCCCUGCAAUAACCCAGUUCUUCUGUAAAACCAAGUGAGAAAAGACAUUCUCACAAGCCUUCAGAGGUGGAAGCAAUAGCGUUGUUUCUUUAGCUGCCACCGAGGAAGAAGUUCAGGAUCUGAGAGUCACAGCUGGGGGAGAAUGAGUAAUAUGGAACAUGGGUCUGGGUUGGCAGGGAUGGCCCCUGAUUCCAAAUGGGCCAGGUGUCCCAGGCUGGCCUGCUGUGCACGGAAGGAGUCCCAAGUGGGGAGGAGCCAGGGUCCCCACCUGUCAUGUGGAGAGGAGGAUACGAUGGGCACAGACACCCUCGUGGCACAGGUCUCUGGGGAACCCGACGGUCCUGCCCCAUUCUCAGCCCAAGUCAGCAGAGCUGGAUGGGUGAGUAGGCUGCAAGAAGCAAACUGGGAAGCAUAAUGUCCGAGCUUUCAGACCCCAUUUAAUAAACAUCUCUGUUAUA